AUGUCGAACAUCAGCGCCCCUAACAGCAGCCUGGUCCUCGCCCUGAAGGCUGUGAAGCAGCUUCGUCUGGAGGCCAGCGUGCGUCGGAUAAAGGUUUCUCAGGCGGCUGCAGAACUGAAGACCUUCUGCCUGCAGAAUGCCCACAAAGACCCCCUCCUCACCGGGGUGCCCUCCAGUGAUAACCCCUUCAGGCCCCCCAAGUCAUGCAUCCUCCUCUGACACCUGUGAAAAACAAACGCCUGAUCUCUGUGGAUUUCUGUCAUGUGCCCCGAUGCCUCUGGAGAAAAGGAAGCCAAGAACAAACACACACACCAAACACAAAAGUGGGUAGUUUAUAUCAGACUGCAUUGAAUUUUCCGAUUUAAAGUUCGAAAAAUUCAUAAUGCAAAAGGUUUUUAUUUACCAACAGCUCUUUUAAAUAAAUGUUGAUUCCUGUAAUAUAUUUUGGAGACACAGGAGCCUCUAAAUGCCAUUUUGUGCACGCUAGGCAAAAACGAUCUAUAAAGCAGAAUAAACUCUUGAAAAAAAGAGGAAGGAAAGCUGACAAACUGUUAUACAUGGAUGGGAAGUUGUAUUAUUCACCAUUAAAAGCCACAUGUUUGUUUUUGUCCUCUG